AUGGGAUUCCUAGGUGGUAAAGCAGUAACUGUUGUCGACUUUUGGAAUGCUCUACAGUCGAAUCCGAGUGCGGGCAAGACUCCAGUCAUUCGUCUUACCCAUGUCAAGAAUCUCGAUUCCAGCCUCGCACACGAGUAUCUUCAGCUUAUCAUCGUCAAUGACAAAGGGCGGGAGAGGAUUGUCGUCGAGCGGUCCAAACCUGAUCGUUUCAUCUUCAACGGGGAAUGGAAAAUGCCCAAGAUCAAGGAGCAUUGGGAUCCCCUCAACUCUGAAGGGACUGACUUGCCUCUACCACUCUACAGUCUCGAGUGGGAUCAGGACAAGGCACCGAAUCUGUCUCAAAUCACCGAUAUCUGCAAGGCUGUUCACGACUCUGCGCCCGACUACAACAUUCUGCUAGGCAAGCACUGCUACUGGUACGCAUUGCUUGUGUACCAGACGACGAAGCGCGCGUAUUACGGACACGAAAAAGAGUGGCCAUUCCAUACGGCUCGAGGGAAGCCCGCGUUCCCGGCGUUUGAGUGGUUCUAUUCAUCCAAGUUGAAGGUCGAUGCAGCUGCGUUUCAGACAGAUCGCGCAACGCAUAUGAAUUGGGUCGAGUCUGGCGAUCCUGACCCCUCAAAAGCAUCCAAGGGGAUGAUUAAAUCCCUAGAAACGACGUUGAAGGAAAGCGAAGUCAAAAAGGAGUCUGUACAAGAACUUGCGACCCCCGAAGAAUCGGUGAAGACGUCUAUUGUGGAUGAACUUGGCGUUCAGACGACACCGUACAAGGGCCCUCCUCCUCCACCAGCAGAGCUUUCGGUCACAACGAUUCUCGAGGAGUACGACGAGGUCAUCAAGAUGACGGAUGAAGAUCCAAACGCAGCUGAAUACGUUAAGAUUGCACGCGAAGCCGAGCUUGCGUAUGUCAACAAGGCAAGAAACUCAUCGUUUUAUUUCAAACCUACUGACAUUUGCCACUCUCAGGAUCGCGCGCCAUCCGACCCAUUAAUGAUGCCGACAAGCUGGAACCAGUAUGGAUAUUGGGAUCUCACCACGAGGUCCCUCGAGAUGGACCGAGCGACGGAUGUCAUGAUUGGCAAGGUAUUGCAGCAGAUUGGAGUUACGCCAAAAGUCGAACCACCGAGUGAUGGCCCCUCUCAGGACGAGGGGAGUACGGCAGACGCAGUAUAG